ACAUAAUAGACACAGUUCAUUUGCCUGGAUAAAGCAAUAAACUAAACUUUUUUUGAGUCCAUUACAGAAUAAAUUUAUUGUGGAUUAUAGAUUAUCAAGGAACAGUGCAGACUAAUGUAUUUUUAAAUAUCUUGGUUUAAUAUCCAAUUAUGUUGUUUCUGAGCACUUGAAAAAUAUUGCUGUUAUUAUAUAAUAAUAUAAUCCUUCACUGGUGUUGUCUUUUCUUAAAUAAUAUCUCUUUCACUUGUGUGUUCCCUAUGUUAUACAUCCAGCAAGGCAAAGUGCCGUGUCUUAUGGAGCUAAACUCUGAUGUUUAACAAAGCACCGUAAUGAGUGGGAAAGUCUGGAUAUUGAUCACUGCAGUUUCAUUCAUCACCCAUGUUUACCAUGUCCAGUCCAAGUGUAUGCAACAAGACAUUAAGGCACAUCUGGAUGAGCAGUUGUUGAAAGAGCACAUGUUUCAGAUGAAGGUGUUCUCACCUGAAAUGAAGGAACAUGCGCUUCUAUCAGUAAUAAAUACUCUGUGUUCAUACUGGAUAAAUAAUAAGGGUAAUGAACAAUUAAGAGUUGUAGAUACUUUUCGCAUAAUGCUGACGGAUCUAGAUAAAAAAUUUGAAGUCUUUUGUGCAAAUCUCAACUGCACGGAUGCUUACACAGUACGCAACAUUGACACAGCCACUUUUGGAAAAAUGUAUAGAAAUUCUUGCAAUGGAUCUGUAUCAGACCUGAAGUGUCCAUCAAAGAGCGCACCUUUAACAACGAUCAGCCCAACUCCUGAAUCCAGUAUAACAUCUUUAACAACAUUGGUCAGCCCAAAAAUCACUGCUCCUGAAAAUGUGACCGCAGAUCCAUCGGCACAUACAGAACUCAUCAGUAAGUUUGUCUCUUGUGAGAGCAGCUUCAUCUGUGAUGAGCAGCAUAAAACCUUCAGCAUACACUCAUCUGACAUAUUGUGCAUUCAGAAAGUUUGAUAUUUGCACAAUUCUCAUUUGUUUGUGAAAUACUAAUUCAGAAAAUAAUUGAAUAAGUAAACCCAAAAUGUAUUUGUCUUUCUAUACAUACCAGGCUGCACCUAAUGAAGUCACCACAGCUUGUGUAUUGCCACAAAUUACUUAUUUUACUAAAAUAGCCAUUUACUAAUUACUAAUAAUUUUAUGCAUAGCUACUAAUGGUUUUGUUAAAUAAAAAAUGAAUAUGAUUUAUUUCAGCAUAAUCUUUAAUAUCACAAGCCAUUUUUUUUUAAUGAAUACCAUAUAAGCAAUUAUCUUUAAGUUGACACUGGCUGCUAGAUCUCAUGUUUUUGUACGGUUUUCCCUUUUAUUACAGAUAAAGGUGACGAUCAGUUGGGUAAGUGUCAGAUCUGUGGGUCUUUCUGACCAGUUAUUUUUUGCUUUCAAGUCUUCUCUCUUCCAAAUAAAUCUAUGAAAACUGACAUUUUUUUCUUUCUUCAAGCUACCAUUAAAACAUGUUCUGGACUCCUUGUUGUGUCAUUUCUGCUGAAUAUUGUUUUACUCUUGAAGGUGUUUCACAUGCACAGGAAGUCAAAAACAUCCAGAGAGAUGACACACUUGGAGUUGAGAGGAAAUUAAUAAUUUUAGCACUUUGUCAGUCACCUGUUUACGUGUUUCUCCAGCUACUUAGUCAUUCUCCAGUCAUCUCUUACUGCAUCCACACUCUCUAUGCUAUACAAGGCACAGUUCUGUUUUUAAAUCGGUGACUGACAAUAUGACUGACAUUCACACAGCUUGUGUAUUUUUCAGAUUUUAAUGGCAAUUAUCUUAAAUGUGCCUCUGUAACUGUUAGCCAUCAUAUAUCAGGUACUCCUGUUCAUGGUUUUCUGACCUAGAAUGAUGUGGAAUAAAAUGGUCUGUCUGUCUAGCCCACAGAUGUUUUAAGAAAUACUUUAAAUAUACCAUAAUUCCCAAUAGAAGAAACCCUCUCUUUUUAACACUUUAUUUUAUUCAGCUUGGUAUUUAUUAUCAGUUUUUAUUUGAUCUACUUACACAUCCCCAGUUCUUUUUGUUGUA